CGGGGGGAGCGCGCGGUGCAGGCGGGAGAGGGCGGCCAUGGCGGGGCCCAGCGACCCCGGCGUCCCAGCCGCCCGCUGGAAACGCCACAUCGUGCGGCAGCUUCGACAGCGAGACCGAACGCAAAAGGCCCUCUUCCUGGAGUUGGUGCCGGCCUAUAACCGUCUCCUAGAGAAAGCGGAGCUGCUGGCCCAGUUCUCAGAGAAGCUGCAGCCAGAGCCCACCGAUGUCACUCGGGCUCUCCACCAGGGCGGCUGGGAGGAGGAGUCAGGGCCUGACUCAGACGGAGUCCCAUCACCAGCAGCUCUGAGGGUGAAGUGGCAAGAGGAAGAGGAGGGGCUCCGGCUGGUGUGUGGAGAGAUGGCCUACCAGGUGGUGGAGAAGAGCGCAGCCCUGGGCACCCUGGAGUCACAGCUGGAGGAGCGGCAAAGCAGGCUGGCAGCUCUGGAGGCCCGCGUGGCGCAGCUGCAGGAGGCGCGGGAGAAGCAGGAGGGACAGGUGGAUGCGCGGCGCGCGCUGAACGCGGCACAGCGGGCGGCCUAUGAGGCGCUGCGCGUGCACGUCGGGCACCAGGAGGCGGCUCUGCGCAGGCUCGAGGAGGAGGCACGCGACCUGCUGGAUCGGCUGGUGCGGCGCAAGGCGCGCGCCGCAGCCGAGCGCAACCUGCGCAACGAGCGCCGCGAGAGGGCCAAGCAGGCGCGGGUGUCCCAGGAGCUGAAGAAGGCAGCCAAGCGGACAGUGAGCAUAAGCGAGAGCCCAGACACAUUAGGAGAUGGGAUCAGAGAGGAAGCAGACACUCUGGCUCUGGCAGCUGAGCCAGCGUUCCUGGAGAGUGAGGCUGGUGAGAAAUGGAAGAGGCCCUUCAGGUCUGCCUCCGCCACCUCCCUGACGUUGUCCCGCUGUGUGGAUGUGGUGAAGGGGCUUCUGGAUUUCAAGAAGAGGAGAGGCCACUCAGUUGGGGGAGCCCCUGAGCAGCGUUACCAGAGCAUCCCUGUGUGCGUGGCCGCCCGACUUCCUACCCGAGCUCAGGAUGUGCUGGAUGCCCACCUCUCUGAGGUCAAUGCUGUUCGUUUUGGCCCCAGUAGCAGCCUCCUGGCCACUGGAGGGGCUGACCGCCUCAUCCUCCUCUGGAAUGUCGUGGGAGGGCGCUUGGAGGCCAACCAGACCCUUGAAGGAGCUGGCGGCAGCAUCACCAGUGUGGACUUUGACCCCUCGGGCUCCCAGGUACUGGCAGCUACUUACAAUAAGGCCGCCCAGCUUUGGAAGGUUGGGGAGGCACAGUCCAAGGAGACACUAUCUGGACACACAGACAAGGUGACGGCUGCCAAAUUCAAGCUAACGAUGCAUCAGGCGGUGACCGGGAGCCGGGACCGGACAGUGAAGGAGUGGGACCUAGGCCGAGCCUACUGUUCCAGGACCAUCAAUGUCCUUUCCUACUGUAACGAUGUGGUGUGUGGGGACCAUGUCAUCAUUAGUGGUCACAAUGACCAGAAGAUCCGGUUCUGGGACAGCAGGGGACCCCGCUGCACCCAGGUCAUCCCUGUGCAGGGCCGGGUCACCUCCCUGAGCCUCAGCCACGACCAGCUGCAUCUGCUCAGCUGUUCCCGAGACGACACGCUCAAGGUCAUCGACCUGCGUGUCAGCAAUGUCCGCCAGGUGUUCAGGGCUGAUGGCUUCAGGUGCGGUUCUGACUGGACCAAAGCUGUGUUCAGCCCAGACAGAAGCUACGCACUGGCAGGUUCCUGGGAUGGAGCUCUUUACAUCUGGGAUGUAGACACUGGGAAACUGGAGAGUAGCCUUCGGGGACCCCAUUGCGCCGCCGUCAAUGCCGUGGCCUGGUGCUACUCUGGGAGCCACGUGGUGAGCGUGGACCAAGCCAGGAAGGUUGUGCUCUGGCAUUAGUGCCACAACUCCCCUGCCUGAGCUGGAGCUCUAGUCCAAAGCCUGAAGCUGGAGGACAGCUCCCCACUGCCCCAGAGGCUCCAGGGCCAGUAGGGGUGCAGGGAUGGGGGUGGCAUUUAGUGGGUAAGAAGGCCUGGCAGGACCUGGCCUGUUUGUUUAAAAACAAAGUGUGGGUUGGGGGGGGGAUUACUGUAUUGUUUUGUUUUUUAUCUCUGGCAAAAGUGGAAAAAAAUUACAUUUAAACUGGCAUCUGCUUGCCUCUUUGCAGCAUUCAGGGAACAGGGAAGCCUUUGGGUGGAGGCUCAAGGAGACCCAGGCUGGGCUCCCUUUCCUCCUGCCUCCGCACAGAGCUGGGCAGAGCUGGCCCGCCUUCUGUGCUGACAGCAUGAAGAAAGGCCCAGAGGCAGCAAAGGACAGUGGCUUUUGGAGCAGUGGAAAUUUCAUCCUCGGUCUAAGCUGGUCCUGGUCCUUGGGCCCUUCUGUUUCAGGCACCCAGGGUAGACCGAGGUUGAGGAGGGGCCGUGUGAAUUCUGAGGAGGGAGCAGGGGAGACAGCCGAGAGGGGUCCUGUGGAAAGGAUCCUGAAAAACCAGAGUGAUGUCAAGUACUCGGUACAACAGGCCUGCCUUUAGACUGGGGCUGCAUUCUUGCCCCAGAGGCAGACCCCUUGUGUGGCGGGGAGGACAUCCGUGGGCUGGGCCUGGGCCUCGCUUACAUCAGCAUCAGAUUUAAGCCACACAACAAGCAUCUGGAGUACAUGGCAGACCCAAUAGGGUGGAACCUGGGCACUCCCAUUUCCUUCCCCAACCUGGGGCGUGGAGGAGGGUCAGUGGGACGGCCAUUGCUAGUCACCAGGUGUUGAAGGGGACUUCUGUCCCUGAGUGAUAGGGGCUGACCUCUGGGGGUCCGCUCAGUUGAGAUUCAAGGCUUUACUCUAGAACUCUCAGCCUCCUUUAUUACCUUACAGUGUCUCUCCUGAGUCCCAGCGUUUUGCAGACUAUUUCCAGGAUGGGCAGGAGAGCGCUAAGAGCCAGGACUCUGCAGCUAGACUGUCUGGGUUUGAAUCUCUGCUCUACUAUUUAGUAGCAGAAUGAUUUUGAGCAAGUUACUUAAUGUCUUUGUGCCAUAGUUUACUCCUGUGUAAAAUGGGAAAAUAGUAUCUACCUCGAAGACUGUUGUAAGGACUCGAUGCAUUAGUAUUUGUAAAGUUCCUGGCACAUGACAAAGGCUGUUUAAGUGUUGGCUAAAUACCCAAAUCUACACUCUGCUGAUCCCAGCUCACUCACUGCCCUCGGCCCAGCUGUCCCCUGAGCUCUGGGUGACAUACCCAGCUGCCUCCUAGGCAUUAUCUAUCCCUGUCAUAAGCGUCUCUUCCCCUCACACCCCACUUCUUCUUGGGCACCAAGGCAUGGGGCUGUUGCGUCUAACUCUCCUUUCCAUUCCUGCUGCCACUGCAGGCCACCUUGUCCUCGACCUGCUCUCUCCACCUAGUUCCCUCCUUGCCACAGCCAGAGUGACUUUCUAAGGUGUUGUGGUCAUACGUCCAACCCUUUGAAGUUCUGCACUGCCUGCAGAGAAACUCCUUACCCUCAGGAUGUGGCCCUGCUGGCCUCAGCUGCAUCUUCACUUUGUUGCUACUCUGAAUGUGUCUUGCGUGUGAUUUUCUCUCUGCCCAGAAUGUUCUUCCCUCCCAACUCCUAAUUCAAAUUUGUCCUUCAGGAUCCCCUCACUGAGAGCCUCUCCUCACCUGCCAGGCUGGCUAGGAGCCUCCUCCAUCUCUAUACCCCCCCCACCACGUUUGUGUCUGCUUCCCUCCAUCUCAGUCAGGAAGCUCUUGGCAGAGGCCAGGAUGGGAGCAAAGUAUUCCCUGGGAUCAGGCCUCAGAGCCAGAGAAAGCCUCAGGGAAUGUUCAUAAGUGACUAAAUUCUCUUAUUUGAGGACUCAGCAAGUCUAACAGUCAAAGACUCUAGGAGUCCAGGAUCUUUUGAAUCUAAGGCUGCUGAAGGUCUGGCCCUCAUGCCCUGGCUCCCAGCGGCCACCAGGAGUCACCAGCUGCCUAGGUCUGCCAAGGCCAUUCUCCCGCCUCCUGGGAUUCAGAAAGACCAAAGCUUGCAGUAGCCACCGUUACUGAGCUGCGUCAGGCCCUGUGCCCUGUGCUUUCUAUCCAGUAUCUUGUUCCUCCCAACCACCUUGUGAUGUAGGUGUCUCUUUCACAGGUGAGAAAAUUGAGGCUCAGAGAGGGUAAGUGAUACGAGAUCAUCACAGUUGGCACAGCAGGAUUGUGACUCUUGUCAUACUUUUUUUUUUUUUUAAACAAAAUGUCAGCGAAUCUGGGCUCCCAAUUAGGCAGAGCUGCAGGGCAUUACCUGCCGUGCUCCAGCAGUGUGCCUGCCCACUGCCUCCAUCGGGUAGAUGAUUCUAGCUUUCUGUCUAAACUAAAUCCCUCCCUGCUUCUCUUUUUCCAUUCUGGCCCUGGGUGCCUAGGCCUGAGCCCGGCGGGGGGGGUGGUUAGUGUCCUUUGAACUGAGGGACAUGCAGGGCCGCAGGAGGGAGGUGAACUUGAAUCCUGGGAGGCUGUUAAACCAGCUACAUCAUCUGGGGCAAGUACCUCACAGGACUGCAGUGAAUUCAGACUGCUUAGAGAAUGCAGAAAAGGAGCUCAGGAAAUUAUAUGACUCAACUCCUGGGACAGUGACCCCUUUACCCCCCUUAAGCCUUCCUUUCUUCAUGGGGCAGAUCUGCUAGCACAUGCCUGCCUCACUUCAGGGAGCACAUGCACAACUUAACUUACCUGGAGGGAAUGCUUCCUGGAGGAGCAAGUCUGGAAGGCCAGAGACAGGCUGGGCAUUCCAGGGAAUGAGGCAAGUGUGGGGAAAAGGGUUGGCAAAGGCCAAGCAGGGGAAGAGCUCAGAGGGGUGCCAGCUGGGAAGGCUGCACCUCUAGUCUUUGCAGUCCCGGGCAGCAGAGGGGGCAGGGAUAGAACCCUGUGCUUAAAACCACUCCGAUAUGGGGACAUGUGUAUGCAUAUGGCUGAUUCGCUUUGUUGUGCAACAGAAACUAACACGGUAUUGUGGAGCAAUUAUACUCCAACAAAGAUGUAUUAAAAAAAAACGCUCUGAGCUUCCGGUUCUCUCCAGGUUUUCAAUAGUUGCUACUCAGGUGUUCAGUACGCAGGGGCUGCCUGCCUGAGUUUGUUCCCUAAUGUCAAAAGUGUCACCCUUGCUGUGCAUAUGGACUGAGGGCCAGAGAGGGACCAGGGUCACACAUCAGAGCAGGGAUAAGAAUCCAGGCCCCCGAUUCCCUCUUUUCUAAAAACUGGACUUAGGCUCUGCAGAGAGCUGCUGGCCUGGUCUUCUGGAGGCCAGGUUCUAGGUUCUACUCCCAGUUACCUUCCUGAGAGAACUUGGGCGAAUCACAGUGGGAAGAGUUUCCACGUCCGUGAGACUCUCCCUGCUCCAUGGCUCUGCACCUCACCAUUGGUGAUCCGGGCUCUUCCCUGGGGCUGUGGUACAGGCAUGGGUACCACCUCCUCUACCUGCCUGAAGCUUGAGAGGGAGAAAUGACAGAGGCUCUUGCUCUGGGGUCCUACUGCCCCUUGGUCAUCUCCCUGUCCUGGGAGAAGCACUUUGGCUUGAAACUGCUGUUCCCACGUCACCCCCACCAGAUGUGAGCCCGUUGGUGACGGGGAUGGGAACUGAGUCACUUAUGUCUCAAUGCCCAGAACGUGGCCUGGGGCAGUAAGUUUGCUGACUGAACAAAUAGAGGUGGUCCUGGCCCAUCGUUCUCUGGAGGAAUCCUGGUGGCACUAGGUGUGGACCCAUCUGUGAGAUGCGACGUGACGUGUCUGGUACAGGUAGUUCUCUUCUUACAGAUGCUCAUCCACUAGUCAAAAAUAUUUUCAGCUUAUCUGUACAUUAUCUUAUUUGAUCCCCCUGGGUCUUAUGAAGUUUGUAUUGUCUUCUCGUUCCUACUUUAGAGACAAGAAGAGGAAAGCCCAGAGGGGUGAAGGGAUGACCUUAAGGGCACAGGUAAUCGAGGCAGCCCAGGGACUUGAAUACAGGCCUCUUGACCCGGCUCUUCCCCUGCCCCUCAUAGGAGCAAGUGAGUGACAAAACACAUGCUUAGGUGUUGAGCACACAGUGUGGAAGAGGUGUGAACCCUAAGAGGUGUGUUCAUUUCUGCUGUUUCAGGAUAACAUUCCAGGAAAAUAUUCUCAGACCAGGGCUCUCUGACACAGACACAGCAGAAAUGCUGCAUUUGUUUUUUUGGCCAGUGGGACCAGGGGAAAAUGGUCCAGAAACAAGAUGCUCUUUGGCAUUCACGGGGUUCUUGGCAGAUCAAGCAGUAACAGCAAACACAGGGAACAUCUAGGAGGAAACUUACACUGGUUAAGUUGUAGGAUUUCAGGACAAUUCUCUCCCUUCUAAACUAAAAUUUCUGUAACGUAUUUUAGUCAUGAAAAACAGCUUCAUAAUGAGCAUUAAAUGCAAAGAUGCAGCCAGAUUUUGUUACAAGGCCCCUCAGAGGGUUAGGAAAUAACGGGCUUCACAACCGAAAGCUUUGGCCGGGCUCGUUGGGCAGUGAGUGAAUAGUGCAGCCCGGGUGUGACCACAACCCAGAGGACAGUUUGCUCUGUCCCAGUGGAGAGUUCAGUGGCUUGAAUUUUCAACUUUUGGCCAUCCUGAGAAGUCUCUGUGUUCGUAAAGUCUGUUCUCAAAUAUUGUGACCUUUUUGUGUGAUGUUCUCACUCUGCAUCUAGAAACUGAACUUAUCUAGAACAUAAGAGUUGGAUAAGCCCUUGGAAAUCAUCUCAUUCUACUUCUUUUAAAGUCAGGGUUGUGGCAGCCCAGUGGAAAGGGCGUCCAUCAAGCGGUGGCAGGGCUGCGGCCAGAGGAUAUCCUCCCAGUUGCUUCUGUCUGCCUGUGGAUGUGGGCUGGGGUGGUGGGUCAGAGGAAAGGGAUCUAGGUGAUGUGCUGCGAACCUGGUUCAGCUGCCUUACCUUUAGUUCCUGUGAUGAAGGAGGCCCCAAUGUAGCUAUGAUACAGGGGUGGGAUGAUUAGCUUAAUUCCGUCCGCUGGUCACAGACCAGGCCUCUGGGGCCAACAGUAGUCUUGAAUGCGAGCAGCUUUCAUUAGCAGGGGAAGGCAAGAGAUGGAAGAGAUAUUAAAUGUGCACUGAUAGUCCUUACCAUAUUUAUGGUGAAGCAUUUUCACACCCACUCUUUCCAUUGGGCCUCAUGACAGCCCUGUGUUACUAGGAGGCUGGAAGGAUAGCAAGGAGCAGUUCUGUAGGGGAGGCCGCUGAAGGUGGGCAAAGUGAUGGUGAGGGAUGCUUGUGGGGACCACCCUGUGCUGCACACUUUACAUGUCCUUGGAUCCACAGCAUUAUUCUCAUGUUUCCGAUGGGGACACUGAAGCUGGGUUCCACAGCUGUCAAGGGGGGAGGCAGGAUUUAACUCAGACCUUCCAACUCCAAAGUCCAUGUUGUCUUCUAUGCUGUUGGUGGGAGUGUCAACGGAUACGGUCAUUUUGGAGGCCAAUUUGGCAACAUCUAACAAAAUUAAAUACACACAUACCUUUUUGACUCUCAA